AUGCAGGGGGAUGCAAGGAGGAGAAGAAAUGACAGCUAUUUUGAUGAUAUUCCUCGGUCAAAACUGGAGAGACAGAUGGCACAGGUAAUGUUGGAAAACCUUUCCUGUUAAAGUUAAAAUAUAAUAAGGGUUGUAUGUUCACUUCUUUAAAAUUUGAGAAGGUGUACCUUUAAGAAUAAGAGUAUAUAUUUUUGUGAAUGUUAGUAUGUUUUGGAACCAUAUGCUAUUCCUCAACUAAAUUGGUUUGCAUUUAUUUUCGAACUCUUUUAUCCAGCUCUAUAAACACACAUUUUAAAAUCUAUGCUCUAGAGAGACUUUAUAGUCUGUAAACUAGUUUAUUUGUAUGCUAACAGGCCUGGGAGAUAUGAAUAGCAUUGAGAUGUGAAAUCAAAAUAUUAUGUUUGUGUUUGAAGAAGCUAAGGUUUUAAUGACUGGUAUUUUUUUGUCUCCUAAGAGUGAAUGAUACCAGCAAGAUGCCUUAUUGCUAGGAUUUGGUUGUAGAAACAAUGUUGAACACAUUACUUUUUUAAAUGAAAGGCAGCUAAAGUCAAAUUCCUUAGCAGCAACAAUUCUUAUAGAUCUUCCAGGGUGUAUUCUCACAAUUAUUUCCCUGCAUUUAGUGUUAAGUGGAAUCAUAUUGCUAUAUUCAAAAUAGUUUUGGCUGACUGUAGAAUGAGUUCGUUUUGCUCUGUGUAACUCUGAAGUGAGUUGUGGAAUCAUGAACUGAUGCCACGGUACAUUCCACACAUUCAUAGGGCAGCCUAGGAGUGUCCUGUUUGAGCAUGCUUUGAUACCAAGUAUAUGGCAAUAUCCCUGUCCCCUUGCUGAGGCAGAGACCUUUAAGCAUGGGAAGUCUGAGAGUAGAGCUGGGAACAACCUGGGAUGCUCUAGGUACACUUCUUAUGUAUUUUUUGAAAAAAUCUGGAACUUACCAAAAAGCAGCAGAUCCAGUCUGGAAAUAUUUCCUUGCAACUGAAAGCUAUUGGGUGCAUUCAUUUAUUGCAGAAUCUAUUUUAUAAGAUAUUUAUUAAAGUUUCAACAUAUUACAAAAAUAAGCGAAAAAAAUGAAAGGAAAAAAAGAGAAAAAAAGAGAAAAUGAAAAUACAAAAUAAAAACAGUUAAAAAACAGAUUAGUCUUUCCAUAUCUUGUCUUUCAUUUGCUUGUUUCCCCGACCUCCUCACACCUCCCUUUUUUGUAUUCCAGUUCAAAUUAGUUAAUUCAGCAAAUCCUUUCCCUCUUUGAUUCUAUCUUAAUCUUUUAUCUUAAUAUAUUGUAACUUUAGAUUAUCACCUGUUAACAAUCCAUUUUUACAUAUUCCUUUAUAACAUUGCUGCUAGAAACCAUUUAACUUCAAUCCAACAUCAUUCUAACAUUCAUUAAUUUUGCAGUAUUUCUGUAGAUAGUCUUUAAAUUUCUUCCAAUCUUCUUCCACCAACUCUUCUCCCUGGUCUCAGAUUCUGCCAGUCAUUUCCUCCAGUUCCAUAUAGUCCAUCACCUUCAUCUGCCAUUCUUCCAGAGUGGGUAAAUCUUGUGUCUUCCAGUACUUUGCAAUAAGAAUUCUUGCUGCUGUUGUGGCAUACAUAAAGAAAGUUCUGUCCUUCUUUGGCACCAAUUGGCCGACUAUGCCCAGGAGAAAGGCCUCUGGUUUCUUCAGGAAGGUAUAUUUAAAUACCUUUUUCAUUUCAUUAUAGAUCAUCUCCCAGAAAGCCUUAAUCCUUGGGCACGUCCACCAAAGGUGAAAGAAUGUACCUUCAGGUUCUUUACAUUUCCAACAUUUAUUAUUGGGCAAAUGAUAGAUUUUUGCAAGCUUGACUGGUGUCAUGUACCACCUGUAAAUCAUUUUCAUAAUAUUCUCUCUCAUUUAUUGCAGAAUCUAACCCAUCCUUAGGAUUUUUUAAAUUAAGGUGUCUUGAUGGAAACCUGACUGGGAAUCUUGUUCAGCAAAUGGUUUAAGUAAGGCAUUAAGAAUUUAAUAGUUCAACACAAAUUUAGCAAGCUUCAAAGUCAGGCCUAUGUAACUGAUGCCUUAGCAUCCAUCAUAAACCAAGGGCAAAAGCCACCUUGUAGUUGAGUGGCUGCUAAUGUACUUAUGAUACCUAGUUUUAGUAGUUAGUAUUGCCCUUCAGUAAUUUUAUUCCAUGCUUAUUAAGGAAUUUCUGAAAGUUGCUUGUUUAUUAUCUCUGAAAAUCACUCUCAUCAAUAAUGGCCCAUUUCUUAUUUUUGGCCCCACAAGGGAUAAUUCUAUGUAAGCUGCAAAUGAAGCCACUUUGUCUCCCCAUCUAAUUAUGGAUAUUUUUUCUUAUUCAGAUUUUGACAGAAAUACAUUUCAUAGCUUUUUGACAGAAAUUGGAUGCUGUGGGCUCACAUUUGGUUUUGAUUUUUGCUGACAUUAUAGCAAUUCAAGGGAUUUGCUGAAACUGUUAUUUUUACAAUUAGAUUUCAAUCAUUCUUAAAACGGCUUUUGAGUACAGUGGUACCUCGGGUUACAAACACCUCGGGUUACAAACACUUCAGGUUACAAACUCCACUAACCUGGAAGUAGUACCUUGGGUUAAGAACUUUGCCCCAGGUUGAGAAAGGAAAUCGCGCGGCGGCGGCAUGGCGGCAGCAGGAGGCCCCAUUAGCUAAAGUAGUACCUUAGAUUAAGAACAGUUUCAGGUUAAGAACGGACCCCUGGAACAAAUUGAGUUUGUAACCCGAGGUACCACUGUAUUGUAUAUUUAGAUAUUUUAUGUUGGGGCUAUUGAAAUAUUUCCUGUCUUUACUUAAUGAACGCCAUAAUAAUGCUGCGGACAUUACACUAAACCAUGGCCUUGGGUGGCCUUUGGUGACUAACCUAUGGCCUUUGGUGUAUAUCUCCCAUCACCGUGACCAUGGAGCAUGCUGGUUGGGGCUGAUGGAAACUGGAGUCCAAUAGAAUCUGAAGGCCACAAUUAAGUCCCACCACCACAACCACAUUCAGCACCCUUUAAAAAUGGAAUGCCACUUACCCUCAAUACAUUCUACCACAAAUGAAUAAUCCACUGUCUACCUUAAAUAUAGCAUAUGCUUGACCAAAAAUAUAUGCCAUAUUUCAUUCUAAAAGUCAGCAUCGUUGAACUUCUAUCAGUGAAAGUGCUGUGGGUGAUAUGUGCUGUUCUUUGAUGGUGCACAGGACUUAAGGCCAGAUCAUAAACCAUGUUGUAAUGCUUCACAGUACGCAUCAGAGACCAAACUCUGAACUGCACCCAAAACAGAUGGAAGGCCAGUUGAGUUCACAAAGCAUGUUAGUGACAUGAAAGUUUCACUCCACUGAGCAGGCAUUCUGCCCUGAUAGAGGCAUCCAAGUGCCUGGCAUAGCCAUAAGUACAGAUUGAUUAUAUCAGCAGUUCAACCUGGACAAGGGGGGAUGUUUAAUGCCCAUAUUGCAAUCUUUUAAAAAUCUAACAGCAACAUAAAAAGGAAAAGUGUGGUUCCCUCUUGAAAAAUCCAAGGGCAGCUGAUAUUUGCUCAGUUGAACAUUUAAAUACAAAUGUUAAUAUGUGGUUUUAAACAGCUGAAUUAGGUUUUCUGCUAACCUAUUAUUGGAAGGAAUUGGGGAGUCCUCCUUGGUAUGCAAGAUAGCUUUGAUAAAGAAAAGCAGAGUAACAAAACACCACUUACUAUAAAAAAACUUCUCUGCAGGUCGCAAAGAUUGAAUGUCGGAAUAGGCAAUGCCAGAUUUAUUGUCACUGAGUAGCUUGAUACAUGCACAUCAUGUCACUGAGUAUCUCAUCCUUCUCUGUUGCCGCUUCUAGUCCCUUAUACCCUCAAGUCUUUCUCUCAUUUCUGCAUAUUUGAAAAUAUAAAACUCCCCAAAGAUAUAUAAAUUUCCUUUCUAGAAGUUGUCUCAAUUUCAUUCUUGAAUUAUCUCUCUCAUACAUGAUAUGAUAAACAUGCAAGGAUGAAACUGAGGUUAUAAUUCCAUAAUAUACUCAGCCUACUUCCUUCAAAGCAGUUCCACUGAUUUUGUCCAUAAAAUGCAUGUCACAGCCCAUUAACAUUUCUUUAGAAGUCGGUGGGCUUCCAUUUACAUUUGUAUUUAAUAUGUGAUCUCUUUAUAAUUAUGCAAAUUCACUCUGUCCUGACCCUUCCUGUAGGCAUGCCUAUUGACCCAGGCUGUGUACACACUCCUGUUUAAUCUGCAUCCAGUGUAUUCCCAUUGCUGGCUUGGGAAGUAGUGUACACAUCUUAGCCACAAUCCAUAUCUAUCCUGACGUUUCUUAGGAAAUAGUGUAUUUUGAUACGUUCCCCCCCCCCCAAAAGUAGCUUUGAUCCCUGUUGAGAAAAAGAAUGACCUAGCUGUGAUUUAAGUCAGUAAUGUGUACACAGCCCCAAACUCUGGUAACAUUUUCAUGCCCACUGACUUCUAAGUGGGAAGAUCUGGACAAAUUUGAUGUGUCUAACUCUGCUUGGAGUAUUUUUUGAACUGAUUUCCUACUCUAUACAAUCUGGACACUUAUUUUCAACCUCUGAUUGUUGAAAUUGUUUAUACUCUUUUUUCAUACCUGCUUUUCCAAGGGAGGGUACUUGACCAUAGACGUUUGACAUAUCAGCCACCUGUUCUAGAUUCAUUCCGAAGAUGAAAGGCUGUUAAGGUUGAGAAGGUUAUAGUGACAUUAUUAGCAAAAAAGGAAGUGGUUAGUCAGCAGAAGUUUUCAUUUCACUGUGCAUGUUUGGCACAUUAGAACUGAAAUCGCUAGGAUAAAUCCUGCUUUGAGAGAUGAGCACCAAGACUGACUUUUUUAAAAGAUUAGACAGGGCUGAAAAACCCCCACAGUAACUGACAGCAGGAACCUGAAGCAAUUGCCCCUGAAAAAAGCACAACUUUUGUUCAGCUAGAUGGAAAUUAAUUUGAAAGCAGUUUGCAAUAGUUUUAGGGCUGUCUGCAUGUACCAGCUCAUCUCAACCUUAGGGCAAACUUGUUCAAAUAGAGAAUUCCAUCUUGGUGAAUGAAGUGUGAGGAAGAAACUAGAUUCAGGCAAAUGUAGCCAUCUUUCUGUUCUUUUUUCAUCACAUACAAUGAUGUGUUGUGAGUCUUGAAAUGACUGGAGCAGCCACAGGCCUUUCAUAUCAUGGAUGUGAACAUUUGGGCCCAAGAAAGACGUAGUCUAGUAUCCUUAAAAGACACUUUUUAUAACCAAAGUGCAUCUUACAGGAGUGAGUUUUACUCAGAGUGGACCCACUGAAAUGAAUGGGCCUAACAUGGUUAUGUUCAUUAAUUGGGUCUAAAUUUGGUUGAAUACUACACUAUGUCUUUGCCUCUUGAAGGUGUCAGGGUGUAGGCAUGGGUGUUAUACACUAUACUAAAAUGCACAAGAAUAAUGAUGUGGUUCCCCCCCCCCCCAUUGCUUUAGCAGUCUAGAAAGGAAGGCUUCUUUGUAAUUUACAGGAUCUUUUAUUUUAAUGGCUAUCUUAGUUGUCAGUUUGAACCGCAGAAGAUCACAUCCUUCCAAAAACACCAAACUGAAGCAGCAGCUGAUAGUGGAGAAAAUUUCCUUAAAGUUUAUUUGUUUGGGCUUUCCUUUCUAUCUCAUGGGGAUGGAACACAACUGACACAAUCUGACAAUAACCUCAUUAUUGUUUGGCAUGGAAUGCUACUCUUUUUAAAUACUUGCUGAUACUUGCUGGGAUAGUUCCAUAGCAUCUAUAUACCAUUUCCUCACAUAAAUGGAUUCUUCAGACUCCUGUAAAACAUUGAGAUUCACCAGGAUAGGUUUGAUGAUCUGUCAUACUAUAGUGUUCAAAGACCUCUAGAAGCCUCAGCACCCAGCUCCAGUUCAUCAAAUUCUCACAGAACUGUUACACUCAGGUUGCAAGUGAAAAGGAGCCGGAAAGCAAAACAGAUUCCCAGAUGGCAAGAAUUAGUAUUAGUAUUAGUAUUAGUAUUAGUAUUAGUAUUAGUAUUACAGUGGUACCUCUUAUUACGUACUUAAUCCAUUUUGGAGGUCCAUUUGUAACAGGAAACUGCUCGUAACAUGAGGCGUGCUUUCGUUAAUGGCGCCUCCGCUGCUGCUGCGCCACUGGAGCGCGACUUCCGCUCACAUCCCUGGGCAAAGGUCUCAACAAGGGGCAUCUACUUCCAGGUUAGCGGAACGUGUAACCCGCAACAUUUGUAAGGGAGACGGUACGUAACAUGAGGUACCACUGUAUUAGUGAUAUUUGGUCUACUCUUCUCUGUGAUAGCUCUUCAGCAUAAAGAACCAUUUACUUCAAUUAUUUAUAUGUGUUUUCAGGAUGAAUUACACCCAAUUAUCACUUCAUCUUUUAAGAACUGCAGCAGGUUAACUGUAGGUGUCUGCUGCUUCCCAGAUGAAGAAGUGCUACUUCUCCUUAUGCCUUCAUGGGAGCUUGCAAAGAGAAACUGACCAUCUCCCCUGUGGGGAAAUGCAGGAGUUGUCACUAUAUAUAAAGUUUGUGCCUCACGCUGCAGAGGAGUUGUGAGGGCCAUAACAGAAUGGUGAUGAAUUUGUCAAUAUAUUAAACAUACCAAUUUUUCCUUUAGUAUCAAAAUAACAGUUGUAGAGUGCCUAACCUGGAUCAGGACCUGGGAACAUGGGGCGGAAGUUAACUCUUUCUCCCACACCACAGCCUCAAUGAAAAUGGCACAUACAGCUAUUUGUCUGUGAGGCAAAAGCUCCAUUGGCUCCAAAUGAAGUUUUCCUCCCAGGCAAAUUGCUGCAGGGGAGCAGGCACAUUUUCACUGGGAUAACAGCAAAAGGGCUAAACAGUACUCCCUGCCUGUCACAGCUCCAAUCCUGCUUUCCUGCCAUAUUUUGACAGGAAAAACAAGCCAAAUACAAAUGUAUUCAUGGAACUGCUAUGCAAGGCCACCUCAACACAUGUUCAUUUAAACUGCCCCAGGUUGCAGAAAGGUCAAGCGACCUUUAUAUUAAAACCAUUUUCAUUCAUACAGUUUGCAUUUUCUGCCAUGCCAUUUCUCUGUUUCCUGUCCAUUGAAACAUUAACAGACAUGGAGCUAGUUAAUGAGGAAAAUAAGCCUUAGGCAUUAAUGUAGUCAGAAUAAAUUAUCUUCAUAACUCUGCUAGGUCUUUAGGAAUGCUUCAAAUAUAUUCAUUUGUUUUUUAAAAGAGAUAACUACUGACUUCUGUAGGUAACUUUUUGAAAGGCAGAUGAAUCCUUUGGCAGGAGGAUACUCUGAGGCAUGCAAAGUCCAUUUUCUUUGUGCCAACACAGCUGCCUGGGCUCCUCUCUGUGCAUGUGUUGCAUAAGCACAUCUGGACUGAUAGAAGAAGAGAGCAUGGCCUUUUAGGUAGAAAAUAGUAGUGGCAAGAAAGCACAGUUCUGUUCCUUUAUGUGUGUUCCUUAGUACCUUGGCUCAAAUGAUUUCCAUUUUGUUUUGCCCAUAAAUGACAGCUAAGCAGAGGCCUAGGCAUAGUAGGCAAAGUAAACUGCUGUGUAUAAGGGCUGUUCUCCAUUACCAUGGAUGAACAAGACAAUGAUUCCCAUCCUGUAUUCAGUAAGCAUGGGACCUCUGGAAUGUGCUAACAUGCUACCUUCACCCAAUUCCAAUCUACAAUUUACAAGCACUUUUGCUUAGUUCUUCAGCACUCCUUCUAGUCAAGGCUGAAGCUAUACUGCACAGCUUUGACACCCAACUCAUCCCACAACCAUUCCUUUCUCCCUUCACAAAGUCUCAUAGCUAUCUAGUUAAUCAGCUUUAGUACCUCACAAGAGUGUUCCUCUACCCAGACCAAAGGAACUCAAUAUUAGCUAUGCUGGACUUCUUUACAUUCUGGCCAGUGUGCUAGCAGGACCACCCUCCUGUAGACUGAUAUCAGUAGACUGUCCUCCAGUGGAAUGGGGUCGGAUUGCAUUGGUAACAGUUUGCCUCUAGCACACCAUCUAAUUCUCCAAAGUAUGUACAUACUCCAAAGUAUGUCUGCAGUAGUCUAUUUUUAACCUUUGUCCAAUUUGCAGCUCAGGUAAUUCUUGACAUUGUUGCUAAUACUUUGUGCAAAACCUACUGAGGAAGCAACCACCACAUGGUCUGACAUCCUUCAAAUGGGUUAACACAUACAUGAUUUCAGUUUCAGUAGCCAAAGUACUAAUAUUCAAUUACUAUUGAUCUGAUUUAGACAGGAAGUGCAAUGCAACUGGUUGUGACAGUGUGCUGCCACAGUGGAUACCAUACCCCCUCAUAAUCACUUAUUUGCUAUAGCGUGGGUUUCUAGGAUUGAAUUGUAGGAACACUUUCUGGUCAGUUUAGAGAAAGGCAGCCUCUACUACCAGUCCUUUGAAUUUCAGCAGUGACACAGCUUGUCAGUCAGUGUGAGGCAUCCAUAUUUCACUAAGGGAAACAUGAGCACAAUCGUGAUUUUCUUGCAGGAAGCUGUUUCUGUUUGAAUGCAGGCUUUAUUUAGACACUGAUAUUAAAUUCCUGCUGCUUGUCUUAACUGCUGGCUAUGCUCUGCAUACUGUGGUUAAGCUAUUGAUGUAUUAAUUGCUAGCUACUCCAGAGAUUGUAGUUGCAUUUCUCAGCUGUUUAAAGCCUUUCAUUGUUGCAUUCUCAGGAGACUCCGGGUAGCUACUCUAUUUGGUGCUUAUUUUAGUUGCUUGGCUACUAUGAGCUAUUAUAUUGGAUUUGCUUGUGGUGUCCAAAUAAGGAAAUAUAUACGACGUUCUGCUGUCAGAUGAUAUGAAUCUGAUUUUCUUUUCCUUUUUCUGUAUUGUUGUAAUGUGCAUCUUGCUUUCUCUCCAAACACAACAUGUAUUUAGCAUCCUGCAUUCCAUAUGACGGUUGGAAUGAGAUAGUGCGUUGUUACUCCAUUUUACAGCUAUGAAUUUGUUCUUUUCUAAUUGCAUUUUAAAGGUAUUGGUCCAAUCUACUGAGCUCUGCUAUCUCUCUUUCUGGCUUACCGCAUGGACAUGUUUGGAGACUGUGCAUCAUGCAGCCUUGGUUGACUGUAGCUAGUAUCUUUCAAAUAAUUAAGGCCUUUCAAAUACCUUUACAAUGUUAUCCACAAAUACCACUGACGUUAGUUGUUAUUGCUCUGCAGCAGCACAUUUGAUUAUGCUCAGUAUUUGUUUGUUUUAGCCUUUUCUCCCCAAAGUAAAUCUCCAUUGAAAAACCCUUUUCAGCUGUAGAAUGCAAAUCAAAGGCUAAGAUAUGAUUGAACACUUUCCCCCUUUCUGCUAUUAAGUUCUAUUUCAUAAUCAUAUAAUUGUUUUAUUAUCCUGAAUAGGUCCAAAACUCAAUCUGAAAUCCUUGAGCCGUGUUUUCUUUCUAUAAGCUCAAAAUAUGUUUUGUCAGCAAAUAUGUUAGAGGGCUUUAACAGCUGCUGCCAAUUUGAAACGCUCUCUUCUUUUAAACAAAAUCUUGCAAUUGUGUUCAUGCCCCCACCUGCAAUACUUUUUCUUCCUGGGCUUGGGGGUGUUGGUGGUGCUUUACUAUUUACAAGAUGAGAUGUAGUUUUCUGUUUAUAUUAGCAGUCUUCUGUCUGUGAAAUUUGGACCAGCCAGAAUACAGGAUAUCCUUACACAGCAGUCCAUCAGGUUCAUAAUGUAAGAUACUUCAAUAAAUUGUCACUGUAUUGAUGUUCAUUGUGUUGCCUUGGUGUUGUUAAUACUUUAUACAGGUGCCAUGCUUUUCAGACUUCAAAAAGCAAUGUGUAGCAUCCAAUUAUUUCCAGGAUUGUAUGUAUGUGUUUUUACAUUUUGUUUUCAUAGUGUUCAAUAAACUUGUUGGCUUUUGUGUAGCAGGAUACAAUUUUUUCAGCGCCAAAGGUCAGUUUUUUAAAAAAAGAAGUGACCUCAUCUAUAGUUUAACUUCUGCUCUGGGUGCUUUGUCUUUGUUAGCCUUCAAAGACAAGGAUGGGAGUAAAUUGCAUACAUUCUGCAAUUUUACUCGGUUUUGUGCCUUCUGUUUUCAGUGACCAGGAAGGAUCCUUCUAGUUUCUUGGGGCUGCUUCUCCCUUUUUUAAAGAUGUACUAGCUCAUCAUUUCAAUGUGUUCUUCAUGAAUGGUAUCUUGUAGCAUGUCUAAACAAUCUGCACUUCUUUUAGAUACAGGAAGUCCCUUGAAGCAAUGUGCUCAUAUCAUAAACUGUAUCUUGAAUAUCAGCCUUAUGACUGUCUUAAUGUGCUACUUCAGUGCAUGUUAUACAUGCUAUUCCUUCCUAGCGCAUGUGCAGAGCAGACAAUUUCUCCAUCAUUUAUAUUGUGUCACAAUUAAAAAAACUAUAGUCAGAGUUCACCUUUGCUGCAAAAGGGAGAAAAAUGCCUAGAACCAGGGGACCAGAAAUGCUGUAAGAACUGCAGCAGUAUCUGCACCUUCCACCCACCUAUGUGCUGUCAGUUCUGACAGUUCUAUUAUUACUAAUAGUAUAAUACUUGUUAUAUAAUAUUUAAUAGUAUGUACAACUAAGAGCAUUUUGGUAUUUUGUUACUUAGCUGUGAGGCAUGAGGAAUGCCAUCUGAACUGAUUCCUAUGCCUGCAUCUUCCCAGCUAUUAGAGGGAGGCAGAAGAAGGUCACAGGUCCUUUAAGGAACCCAGCAGAAAUACUUAAAUAUGUUGAUAACAACAGAUUAAUUUGAAUUAUGAGUUUUUUCACAAACCAAUAAAACAAAUAAAGGAACAACUUGAAGCUUAAAUGACCCAUUGUGAAACAAAUGACAGUUGCACAUAUACAUACAUGUAAGAGCAUGUGUGCAAUCAGUGGUUCUUUUUAAAAUUAAUGAUACAUUAAAAUGCAUUUUCAACAAUGGCAGAAUGCUGCAAUAACAGGAGCUUCACCUAUUUAAUUUCUAUGUGCCACUAUUAAUAUUUACAGUGAGAAUGAUCCACCAAACGUAAGCACUUCUGCAGCUCACUAAUUUUAAUUAUAGUUAAAGUUUGUACAGUCGUACCUUGGUUUCCGAACAGAAUGCGUUUCGGGAGUCCAUUCGACUCCCGGAACCAUUCAAAAACCAAAGUGUGGCUUACUGACUGGCUGCAGGAGCAUCCUGCAGCCAAUGAGAAGCCGCAGAUGUUGCACCAGACAUUCAGCUUCUGAAAAUUGUUCCAAAACUCACUUUUUUCCAACACUCACUUCCAGGUUUCAAUCGUUCGGGAGCCAAGGAGUUCGGCUUCCAAGGUACUUAAAUACCCCCAAUUAAAUAACUGGGACAUAAGAGUUCUCCCAUUUAGCUGGAUCAUAACAUAGAUUUGGAAAACAGUACUUAUGUGGUAGACAUAUGUUUGACUGCAAUUAGCUUUCUGUACUUACUUAUACUUACGUCUCAGUUUUAUUUUGUUUAGAUUCCAUACUUGCAGCCUCUGCCACCAAAAUCAUAAUUUUACCUGUUUAAAGGCACUAUGGUUUUUGUAAGACCUUGAUCCAGAUUGCUGAACAUUUUCUCAUUUCAGCUGUAGGUUCCACUUUUUAGCUAUUGGACUGAGAACAGCUAGUCUGGACAUUUUUUGUAAAUUCUGAAAAGUAUAAAAUCUGUAAAACUGCGAAAUUAAAGGGUUCCAUGUUCAUUUGUAACAAUGUAUCCUAGAGUGGAGACGUAUGAAUUUACAUUGGGAACAAGAACACAAAGGGCUCUGGAUCAUGGACAUUGUUUGACAGUGGGGCAUAUAUAGGAAGAUUCUAUGCCACCUCUGUUUUUGGCAUUUGUUACUGUUCUACAUCCUAAUGUUUUUAUACUCAGAAUAAAUCUUCAUACAAAAGCAAAUACUUAUUUUGCUAAAACGUACUGUCCAGAGCUUUAAAACAAGCAGAUACCAAGCAUUCUGUCAUCUUAACAAUAGUCUUGACAAGUUGAGCCUUCGGAUGGAAUAAAGUGUAAUCACAGAGUGUAAUCACAUUUCUUUGAGUGAUAUUAAUAAGAUUACUUAAAUAAAUGGAAAAUAAAACUGCAAGCCUUUAACAUUUUUUUGUCCACUACACUGAAUUGCCAUAUCCAGUGAUAAUUCCACAAGGUCACAAUGUAGUCAAAGUGAAAUACUUGUUAGUGCAACAGAUUAAGUGAUAGAGCUAAAUAUAUUCCUAAAAGAUGUUUCGCAGGAUUAUGCCCAGCAUUUGAGGAUGGUAAAAUCAAAGGCUGACUCUUAUUUUUGCAGCACAUGUUUGCUAUAUAUAACUGAUAUUUGUGAUACUGAAUACUGUAAAGUGUGAAGAAGAAAAUUGCAGUAAAAAUGCAGUGAGCAUAGGCAAGAAAAUUGUGGCCAAUGUCAGUGCCUGAAUACAUAUCCACUGUAUGCCCUCGGGUGUUUGAAAAGCCCUUCCAUAUUUCACCAACGGAAUACCAUUAUACAUGUGGCAAAGAGGCACUGCAUAAAUUUUGAAUGGGCUCAAAGACAGAUAAUUUAUCCUUAUAGAGUCUCCAUGUUUAAAAACUAUGAAUGUCUAAUGUUGAUAUUGGCAACUGCAAAAAUGUUAAUCCAUGUGACACGGUUUAAACAUUCUAAAGUGCUAUAUAAAGCUAAGUAUUAACGAUUAUUUUAUUAUUGUCUACAUAACAGACAUUUCACAGUUUCAGCAUUUUCCAGCAUCAAGAAAUAGUGAUUAGAUAAAGCGCUACUUGCUGGAAAUGUAGUGUAUCUGCCAAGUCUACCCAAACACCUCCUCCCUCCCACCAAAAAUAUAUAUAUCCAGAAAAGCACAGGAGUUAAUAGUUAAUUGCAAGAUGCCAAUUUAUAUAUCUCUGAAGCACUUUUAAAGGAAAGUACCACAUCUGCAAUUGCAUUACUGUUAGUUUUCAAUGAGGCAGUAAUGUUGGCACAAAGUUGUUUCUGCUUGUUUUGUCUUCUGCUCUCCUGCUUCAGUUUUCACGUUGGAAGGUUACUAUUAAUUUUGAUGUCUUCCAGUUUACCUUGUGCUUGUCCUCGUAGAUCUGUACAAACCAACCUCUGUCUUGUCAUGAUUGUGUGGCCCAUGAAAAUGGAUGUAUAAUGCUUGUUUUGUUUGCUCUGUCCUGGUUUACGAAAUGAAACGACAUUUUCUUUCAUUGGAAUUUUCUCAUUUGCUUUCAACAGCAAUUACGUGUUUCAGUUGCUUUGAUUUAAUCUUGGGAUGGAGCCAGAGAAAAAGCUACAGAAGGGAGCUGGCAGAAGCUGGUUUUUUCUGCCCUCUACCCUGCCCAAGCAGUCUCCUGAGUAACAGGGAUCCUGCCAAAUGGGAUGAAUUGUGGCACAGAGGACAAAGGAGGAAUCCCCCAUGAGUUGUCAGAGCAUAUUCUGAGACCAGAGCUCCCACUCACAAAAGGCAACUAGCCUACUUUUUACAGAUCUACCGCAUUCACUCCCCUGAUCCUCAUGAGAAGCUGGGUGGGGCUGCCAGGGGGAGGAGGAGGAGCAGAAAACCAGAUUCUGCUUCCUUCCUUCUGCAGGCCUUUUCCUGGAUCCAACCUCUUAUUUCUAAAGUUUGUUUAAAAUUGUUAGUAAGCUUUUAACAAACAGUUGCCGAUUUGAUCUCAACGGAGUUGAAAAACAGUGAGUAGAAAGAGUAUAUUAAACUGGGACAAAAAGGCUCAGAAGUCAAAGAUAAGCAAAUUGUAAGAUUUGUUGUAAUACAUAUAGAUUUAGAAAGUACUUUCCAAAUGCAACCAUUUUGUUAAAUCAGUUUAAAUAUUUGCUUUUUUAUCUGUAAGAAAAUUAAUUAAAUUCAAGCAUCCUUGGUGGUAGUUGAGUUAAGAGACAUAUUCAGAUCCUCAUCAAAGUUUCCUCAAAAUAAGACUGCAGUCCUAUAUACACUUAAAUGGGAGGAAGCCUCAUUGAAUUCAGUGGGGCUUGCUUCUAAGGAGGCUUUCCUAGGAUUACAGAACAAGUCCCAAUGAUUACAGUUGGGCUUUCUCAUAAGCAAAUGGGCACAGGCACAGGUUGCAAUCCUGUGCAAACUGUGCAAAACUGGACAAAGUGGAUUUGAGUAUGGGUCUUGUUGCAUUACAAUCCUAUAGGUGCUUGAAAUCAUGAGGCUUACUUCCAAACACUCAUCUAUAUAGGCAAGCUGUUAGUUUCUUAUGCACAAGGAUAACAAUGGUGUAUAAGUAGCAGCGGCAUUUAAAUAAUGUCUUCCUAUUUUUGACAUUGCUCCUUGCUAGAAAACUCAGAUUGGAGGCUGUAGUGAAGUAAUAAAUGCUGACUAUAUGGGCAUUCAUAAGUUAUUUUUAUUCUUCAGAAUGGCACGUACUGUAAAUAAUAAUAUGUAGCCAAAAUGCCAUGGUUGCAACCACAGUGAAAUAUGCUAAUUGCCUUCAGUUUACGUUGCUUUUUGAAUACAUCUGAUUUUCAGACUGGAGACUGGGGUGAACCAUCAAUUACCUUACGACCUCCUAAUGAGGCAACAGCAUCAACACCGGUACAAUAUUGGCAGCAUCAUCCAGAGAAACUAAUCUUCCAGUCAUGCGAUUACAAAGCAUUUGUAAGUUUGCCAGACUCAAUGUUUUCUUUGAGAAUAGUUGGAAAUUGUCCAGUUUAAGGAGUGACCAUUAACAUUUUGGUAGUCUUUUUCUCUACCUAGCACAACUAUAACGUCUUUCUUACAGAAACAAAAAUGAUACAAAUAAAAAUUUUCACAUUAUUGUGAACAGAAUACAGAUGGAAAUUGUAGCUUUAUCUUUAAAUCUGUGUUUCGGUCCCUGCUCUUUAUUAAAGAAACAUCAAGAUUUUUAUGCCAUUGACCUCCAAAGUCUCACGAAUAUAUAAAAAGGUGGUGGUAGAGAGAGAACCUAAGGGGAACCCAGAUGCAUUGUUUUCAAGGUUUUUGAGUAUGACCAUGAAGACAACCAUAGCUUUCCACCCAUGCUUGUCCCCAGAAUCAGGUACUCAGAACUACACCACAGCCUGUGUACAUGGAUAUUGAAUUUAGCUCCCAUAUUGAUAGACUAAUCCUCCAUUAAUUUGCCCGAAUUCCUUUUAAAAUCUCUCUAAGCUAGUGACCAUUACCACAUCUUGUGGUACUACUGCCUUCUAUAAAAUUCUUGCUGUGUGAAGUACUUCAUUUUGUUCACAUGCUGAUUCCAGCACAUUGGAAGCAAACACUUCAAUCGCUGUUUUAAAAGUGGUGCUAUUAAAAAUUACCAGUCCUUGGUUUUAUCAAAAGCCUUGAAGAAUCUGUCAAAUCUACUACUCACUUAAUAGAAAGAAAUUAGGCUCUAAUAAGACUUAAUCUUUUUUAAAAAAACACACCAAAAAACCACCCUUUUACAUCUUGAGCAGCAGUGUGCUACACACGUUAUUUUUUAAAAAGGAAAAAAAGCUUCACAGCUUUAAUUCAACUGUACUGAGAUGAUUUAGGCUUUGCAGAAUUAUAAUACUGGACUUUAUGAUCCUGGACAGAAUUUCCUGGUAACACACAAUAGUGAACUAAAUAAAAUGUUAUAUACCAAGAUGAAUGUAUACCACUGAGCAAUAAUGUGGUGGUGGAAAUUUCAUGAAAGGAUCCACUGUUUCUUUGGCACCACUAGCCUGCUCCAGCCACGGUAGAAGGUAGCAGUAGUGGCAUCUUUCUCAUUUUUCUGUAUGUGUCCAUCUCCAUUUUAUCCCAUUGACAUCAGUGAAGGAAGAAUAACUACACCUGCUCUAGGACUAGUAUAGAGUUUUUGUGCUUUUCAGGGUAAUGAGGGAAUACAAGGCAUCCUGCAGUCUACAUCCAAUAUGCCCCCUUCAUGCCCUGCCACUGGCACUGCAUCUACACCCACUGAACAUGCCAGGGGCUCCUUCAGGGUCAUAAAAGUGCCCCAGAGGCAGAACUCCUCCACUGGUGGAUUGGCACAUGUGCCCCUCAGCUGCCCUUUGGCCAACAUUAGAAUUACAACUUAAGUAACUUUAUAUCAUGUGUGUACCCUGCAUGGUCCUGUAACUGCACAGUAGUGUGACUUUUUAUUUUCUUUUUGUAUAUGGACAGCUGGUAUAUACAUAGGUUUUAAGAGUAAAUCCUUGGUUUUGUUUUUGAUGACUUCUCCCUAUGAAUAUGACAUCUGUAGGUGUUCCUCUGUUUUAAAGGUGAAAAAUGCAGAAGCUCAGGGCAGCAGCGGAGGAAGCCACUUGGGCGCCUGGGGCGGCGUGCCCAGGGGCGGGGCGAGCUGCCCAUAGGGCAGGGUGCACUGUGGGGCCUCUGGAGUCUGCCUGCCUCCUCCCACUCAGCCGCCCUACAGCUGGGGGGGUGGGGAGGAGGCAGUGGGCGGACAGUUUGAGCAGCGCAGAGCCUGCGUACACCCAAGCAACCACGUCUCUCCCAGGAGAGACAUGUGGCUCAGGUGCGCUGCAGGCUCCCGCAGUGAGUGCCGCCCCAUUUUGUCACCCCCAUUGGUGGUGACACCCAGGGCAACCCGCACCUCCCUUCCUCUACUCCUGGCUCAGGGGUUCAUGUUGCCAGACAGGGCAUUCCCUGUAGCAGCCCCUAGGUUGUGGAGGUUCCUCCCCACAGAUGUGUGUCUGGCAAGUUCACUAUACAGUUGAAUAAUGAACGCGCACUUCUUUAUCCUGGCCUUUGACAACUAAGUUGUUUUAAACUGUUUUUAAUGAAUUUAAAAUUGUUGUAACUCAACUUCGGGAUCUUAGGGUGGGUAAUUAAUAAUAACAUCAGCAACAACAACAAUACCUGCUAGUACUGCUAAUAAAUUAACUUAGACAAAGAGCAUGAAAUAACACUUUGUAAAAUCUAACAUUAUGAAAGGGAAAAUUAUAGAUUUGAUUUAAUGAAGAAGAUUUAGCUCAAUAGAUUCCAGGCUGGACAGCAAAAUUCUUAAAAGCACAUAAAACACAAUCAUAAAUCUUAAAACCCUUUUAAACAACAAGAGCAGCUAAAACCACCAAUCAAUACAUUCAAAUACUGAAAAUGCCUGGCACAAACAGAUAGGGCUUUACUUGGUGCCAAAGUGUCAGCACCAAGUGUACUUCUGAGAAGAGGGAAUUCAAGAAGCAGGGCUGUAUCUUACAUUAUCUACUUUCUCUAGAAUGUUUUAGGUCAGCAAAUAAGCUUUCUUUGAAAUUUUGCUUACUCUGUUUCAUAACUUCAGAAAACAGUGCCUUGUUUCUUUCAUAAGUAUUUAGGUUCUAUGCUGGUAAAAGAACUAAGAGGCACAGAAUCAACGCAGGAUGCCUGUGCAAAAAUGAGGGUGAGUAAACCUUACUUUUUCAAAACGGCUGUAAUAGGCUGGACUUUCACUUGUAACUGCCUCACUUCAUCUAUGUUGUACAUUAAAUGAAAUAACUCUGGAUUUUUUUUGUAAUAUUCUUUAUACUUUAGUUAUACAUAUGUUACAUAGUUUUUCAUGUUACCACUAAAACCUCCAUCUGCAUGCAUGUUGUACGUUUCCUACCUCUUGAUAAGUAAUUCCGCCCCCCCUUGCAUCUUUUUAUUUCUGUAGAGAAUAUAAUAAGAUUUAGCAGGCCAAGCAUUUCCUUAACAGAGAACUUGACUAGUAAAUUCCCAUAGGACUGGAUACUCAAGCCCCUUUUUGGUGGAACUUGGGAACUCCCUUGGGGAAAGAAUAAGCCAUUUUAAAUCCCUUGGAAUAUGAUGAGGGGGCGCGGAGAGAGAAUUUCCACCUUUACUGCUGGGAGGCAGUGAUUCAGAUGGAAGUUGCUGAGUGGUGUUUACUGGGUGGAUGAUUUUUCCAGCACAGACACAGGCUGCUAACAUUUGCAGGGACUCAAUAACCAUGCCUGUGCAUGGGGCUGGCAGUGUCAUUCCCACCUCCGCUGCUUCCUCCUGGCACCUAAAGGGUAAAUAUGGAAAUUCCAAUCCUGCGUCAAUUGCUAUGCAUGGUCCACUGGCAGCUAUUUGUAGCAAAUUACAUCGCUGGAAGCUGUAUGCCGGCUCCCUCGGCCAAAAACGAGAUGAGCGUCGCAACCCCACAGUCAGCCACAACUGGACCCAAUGGUCAGGGGUCCCUUUACCUUUACAUCGCUGGCCACCAUUGGCCAAGGGAGUACUGGAGGAAAAUGAUGUCUUUUUGUAAUGCCUGCCCAUUUACAAAAAUUCAAGCAGAACAUUUAAAGCAGAGAGCAAAACCACUAGUCCUGUUUCAGUUUCCCAAGGAGAACAACCGAAACCACCAAAGUACUUUUCCUUUAACAAACUCAGACUCCUUUCUCUGCUCAAAUUAAAAGGGGGCGGGGGGAGGGAUCCUUCUAGUAGUCUCCUUCUCCUUCCCCCAGACAUUGAUGGAUGCUACGUUCCAAAAGCUAGUACCAUCAGGGUAUAUUGGCUAAUUCCUUUGGUUAAUUCUCUGAUAAUCCUUCAAGUAUUUCAGGCAAAACAGCAAUAAGCCUGUUCAUGCUAAUCAAGACAGAAAACCCAUAAUAGUAUAGUAUUAAAAACAACUGCUGAGAGCAGGGACAGGAGAGAUCAGUGUGGAGUCACAUUUCAGGAGUGAUAAUGCCCAAUCAUAACAUAUUUUUCACUUAAGACAUUAUAAAUCCCUUGGAAUAUGGAUAUUAUAAGAAUAUCCUACAAUUGUGUCACUGGCAGUUGUCCAACAAAAUCUAUUUAGAUAAGAAUAAAGUCUUAACAUCUCAUUGGCAUCAUUGUUUUCAUGUGUAAUUGCAAAUUUAUGAAAUGAUUAAGAAUAUAUACCAUUGAAAAUACAAAUUAUUUCAUUUUGUUUAUUUGUUUCUAUCUGCAGCAAAGUGUAAAUAAGAGACUGAUAUUUAGUUUUGGGGAGAUAAAGGCUGAUGCUUUUUAAAGGUGUUCCAAGGAUGUCAAUUAAAUACGUAUAAACCAUAACCUCAAUCUUUCUCAUUAUACAUUCUGUAUGUUCUUUCUUUGGUGCUCAAAUAUAUUAUUUGUAUGAAGAAGAGGAAAACUGUUGGCAUCUUAACUCAACACUUAUUAAGCAUAAUUAAUAUCUAUAUUUAUCCCAUCUAAAUGUAGAACUAUACAAAUAAAAAGUUUUAUUUUUCUUUAUAAUUCAAAAAUCUUUAUAAUUGGGAGCUAACUAAUCAUUUUAAUAUGUUUUCCUUCUCCUGUUAUUUAUUGUCUGUUGGAUGUUUUCUUGUUCAGUGUUUCAGUUGGUAACUGCUUUGUGUUAUUUUUGCUAAAAAGAGACACAGAUUAUAUUAAACAUAGAUAAAAUAAAUAUGGCCCUUUUACAGAAAUUUUUGAGUUUUUUAGGAAGUGACAAAAUCUCUAAAACCCUUAAAAUAUCAAAGGAAACUGCAGUACUUCUACACAAGUGCAUACAGGUGGGAUAAUCAGUCAGGCUACUUUAGCAUUAAAAGUUGUAGUGUAUCAAAGAAUAAGGAUGUGAUCCUGAGGGGCAUUAGAAAGCAAUGUAAGUGCUGUCCCACUGGUGGGGAGGGAGGUCAAAAUGCCUCAAAUGGCCCCCCAAAAUCUCAUAUAUAGCUAAAGUUGGGUUUACUGAGGUCAUGUAGGUAUGGCCAUGGAUUUAUUUCAUUACAGUUAGGAAACAUUUUAAUCCUCAUCUUUUUUCACCAAGCUUUUGCUUUUCUACCAUCAAGCUCAUUGUUUUCCUUUGACAAGUUUUUUCAGUAUACUGUCUAGCUUUCAGUGUAUCUUUCAGCUAGAAGAAACUUACUUAAAGUACUUUAUUUUGCACUUGUUUGCAAUAUGGCACUAUUACCACUAGUUGCUUGCUGCCCUGGGCUCCUUUGAGAGGCAGGGUGGGGUGUAAAUUUAAGAAAUAGUUUAUAUUGUUGGGUAGGGAAUAAUUUUGUUUGUUUGACCACAGGCCACAACAAAAUACAAAUCAGACAAGUUAUUACAAAGAAAUAGAAGUGCAGGUCUGUUAAAGCAAAACAUCUCGUAAUAAGCACCAGAGUAGAUGAAGUAGCUUCAAUUGUCCAGAUAAAAAUCUGCUACAAUACUAUCCAAGAAACUUUGCUGCUGUUUUGUCAGAGGCAAAGCAAAGCCAGCCACUUUUGUAUUACUUGUAUUACAAGAGCCCUGCUGGCCCAACUCGUCCAUCAUGCUGUUCUCACAGUGGCCAACCAGAUGCCUAUGGGAAGCCCAAAAGCAAGACUUGAGUGCAACAACAGUCUUCCCGCUUGUGAGUCCCCAAACUUGACAGUGGAGGUGGAUCAUAGCUAUCAUGGCUAGUAGCACCUGAAUGCCUUAUCCUCCAUUAAAUCCUCCCAGCGCUUGGAAGCAAUGCAAUCAAACCAGUAUUCAUGUCUCUUGUACUAUGUAUGUGCAUGUGGUGGCUUAUUCCACUCAUUUUCAGAGAUGGGCUAUUAAAAUACAUAAUGAGAUAUAUCCUCUAUUUCCCAUUCCAUACAGUUGAGUGUAGUAUAUUGUUGUCUUGGGAAAGAAAAUCAGAUGUACAUUGUUCAAUACACCACAUUCUUUCAUGUUUGUUUUUAAUUUCAGAAGUCUACAGAACAAAUGAAGAAAGUUCCUACUAUUGUUUUAUCAGUCUCUUAUAAAGGGGUAAAAUUUAUUGAUGCAACAAAUAAGGUAGGCAUCAUUUGGCUACUCAUACAUUUUAUAAUAAAAUGUUCUUCCACAUGUAUGGCCACCUGUUUUCAAAGUGUAAGUUCCUGUCCUUUCCCAGCAUUGUUUUCUCCGUCCCCAUCUGGAAGCAACAGGGCAUUUAAACUCAGGCAAACAAAACACACAGGCUAUUCCCUUGUUAUUUUUAAAACAUAUUCAAUAAGUCAAGAAAAUAUAGGCACAGCUGAGAUCCCUUAGCAGUAAAAUCCUGCACGUUUAUGCAAAAGUAAGUCCCAUUGUUUUCCAUUGUUGUGUGUAUAAGCUUGCGGCCUAAAAGUACAAAGUUAGCACUUGAUCCACUCAUUGUAGUAAAAUGUAAUAUUGUUUCCCACUAGGUUGUUUGUACCCAUUGAGAAGUUUACACAGUAGGUCUUGGGCAAUCACUACAUUUCUUUCAGGAGCACAGGGACUUCCUUAAAGUGGCAAAGCACCCUUCCCCCUCCUGGAAAUGUGGGGAAGCUGCUCUACUUCUGCUGUAAGCAGGUGGGUGGCAGCGUUUCCCAUCUGUAUGCCACCCCCUGGCUGAUUAAGGGAAAAGGAAAGGGCUUUAAUGUCUGAUGAGUAGAGUUUAAAUUCUGCUGCCUAUGCAGCAUGAUCUUGUUCCCUGCUGGAAACAGGGUGGCACAGCCAACAUGGGAUUAAACCCUAUUCUCUCACCCAUCAGCCAAAGUCACCAGUGAUGGGUAAGUGGUUGUGGCUUGGAGGAAAUGGCCUGGAGAGCCAAGAUUGUCUUGCAGGCUGGAAAUUCCCCACCUCUGCUGUAAAUACAUGCCAUAUUCACUUAAGAGAGUUCAAAUUCCAGCACAACUUUCAGUGGACCAGAGCGGAGUUUGAAAUGAACAUUAAAAACUAUGAAGUCCACAGAACUUUAUAGAGCUUCUUCUUUUAACAUAAGCAUUCUUUCCAGUUCUAAUUCGUUCUGAAAACUAAUCUUGUGCUAUCAACCAUCAACAGCCUAUGGCAAUCUUUUUUUAAUUCUCAUUCAUAGGAAACCGAACCCCUGCUUUUUAGUAUCACUGCAAUCUAUUCUGAAACUAAGAACAAGGAAGUAAAAUUAAGACGUAUUAUUGGUUUUACCCAAAGUAGUGUAAAAUUAAAUGAGUAUUAAACCUCACUGAGUCUAAAGAUCUUUACAUAAUUAUUGCUCAUUAAGGCAUAAUCAUUAAUUUGAUUGUGGUCCUUUAUGUAGAAAUAACAGUUUUAAAAAUGCUCCAACAAUUUGAGAUAAGAGGAUUUAAUAGUUUUGAUUCUCUUCUAAAACACAAGCCCAUAGAUUCAAAUAACCAGUUUUCAGUAUACAUUAUUAAAAUAGAUUGCUAAAUUAAUAUUUCAAUGAGCUCUCUUGAGCGUUCAUAGUUGCCUGAAAAUAUACUUUUUCAGAGUAAAUUUGUCACAGGGAAAAACAGAUUAAGGAUGGCACAUGAGCAUGGCAGAUUAACCAUCAUCAAAAUUCAGAAGAUAAUUUAUUCUAAUUCUUAAGUAUGUGAUUAAAGAUGAAACAUAUAUGACCAAAUCCCACAGCACCAGUUCACAAACAGGGUUUUGGAUUGUGGUGACAGUAUUGCAUCUGAAGUUCUUAGCUUAAACUAAACAAACUCAUCCUGGUGGUUUUUAUGUGAAAUAACAUUUGGAAAAAUUGAAUGCAAUGAAGGUAUAAAUAUCAUUUUGCUAUACCAAGUGUUAAUGUAUCUGGACAGUACCCUUCAUUUUGCUUGGCUCAUUUAACUACUUCACAUCCCUGUUUCACUGAGCAAUGAGCCUUUGCUGGGUUCUGGUUGCCCUUCUGAUUGCAGAGGAACAAGUCUGGAUCCAAACCAUUAUAAUGUUCUUGUUCUCUGUGUGGCUAGUGGUAGAAUAACGACCACGAUCUAUUGUCAGAAUCACUAGUACAGGUAUAUCCAAAGCCCUACUGGCCAAGUGACAGGAGGACACAGUGGUGGGCAUGUUUUUACUCUCCCUCUCUUUUUGAAGAUUGGCAUAUGUAUUUUUCCUCCCACUAGAAACAAUUGGGAGGAAAUAUAUUUAUGCCAAUUCUGUUUUGGGGAGGGAGGGGUGUUGGGAGAAUGGGAAGGUUAUGUAGUCUUCAGAUCUAUGUCGUCUUCCUAUCUGCCCGAUACACACAUUUUUUUUACCUCUGCUGACAAAGGAAAGGCUGCCCAAGUGUAUUAUUUAUUGAGCUGUUAUUAAUGAGGCUUCCUUGGGAAAACCAGGCUGCUAUGGUUGCUAUGGAACAUUACCCCCAUCUCCCACUGCCCCAGAUGUUCAUACUCUCACUUUGCAGCUGAAUGAUUGAAGGGCUGUAUGAUGUUAAUUAAAUCCACUGAGUUGCCAUUUCUUUUUCUUUCAUUUAGAAUAUUAUCGCUGAACACGAGAUUCGUAACAUUUCUUGUGCUGCACAAGACCCUGAAGACCUCUCUACAUUUGCUUAUAUCACAAAAGACUUGAAGACAAAUCACCAUUACUGCCAUGUGUUCACAGCCUUUGAUGUGGUUGGUCUAUAAAUAUAUUUCUACUUGGUCACAUUUUAAAAUCAAAAAUAUUUAUAAAUGGGUGUCAUAGAAUGCAAUUUUGCUGAGACAGAUGCAAAUACUUUAGGCUGCAAUCCUAGCCCCACAUUGCUGGGAGUAAGCAGAGGGGGGUGAACCAAGCCUUAUGAGGAGCAAUUGAGGGAGUUGGGUAUGUUUAGCCUAGAAAAGAGGAUUCUUGUAGCAUUACGGGGGGUGGGGGUGGACUAGAUGACCCUCUGGGACUCUUCCAAAUCCACAAUUCUGUGAAUCGAUAAGUUCCAUUGAAUUUAAAAAUCUUGCCUCUAAGUAGGGAUGCUGAGGAUCACAGAAAUAGAAGUAUAACUAGCCAGAUCAUCAAGUUCUCAGUUGCGGUUUAUCUAUGAUGGAUUGUUCGGGACAAACCCUGGUACAAUAUAAUUUUUUUGCUCAGCUCUUCUGAAAUAGGUGGGACAUUUUUAAAAAUAUUCACUUUUUAAAAGUGUGGCAAUACUUUUAUUUACAAAUUUAGUAUGCUGCUUCAUAUCAUUAUCGUGUUGUAGCUUAUUUCUAAUUCAGUAAUAGAAAGCCAUGCUUCGCAGUAGCUUCCCAGGGGAUAUAGGCAGGUUGAAUGAUUAUUGCCUAUGAUUACUGCUUUGCACACAUAAACGUGUCACACCUUUUCCUACUCAUAAAGCAGUGCUUCUUAGACAUCAGACUAGGGCCCACAAGUGAGUUUGGGGCCACUUUCAGGUGGGCAUCACUACCACAGCCUGCCCAGUGCAAACUUGCUUGCUGGCCAUGCCCUCUUCAUUAGACCAAUGCAGCAUCAGCCACUCCUUGAAUACUGCUUGAAUACAUGGGCAGGAGCCAGAAAAAUGAGGGUGGGGAGAAAGGUCGGUCUUCCUCUUCUGAUGUAAAAGGGCCAGUGAAGGUGUUGAAGAAAAUUAGAGACAGGUAACAGGUUAACAUUUAUGAUCAUUAAUCAGAUGGUAAUAGGAAGGGGUAAGAAAAGACAAGUAUUAUAUGAUGAAAAAUGAAUGUGCAAGGACCAGGAAAGAGGGAUGAAAGAAACUGGCAGGCUUUUUUGGUUGGGUGGAAAUAAGGUACAAGUUGAGGGCAAAAGGGGAAUGGCAGAAGAAAUUACAGGAGAUGGCUAUAAAGACUUUGAGAGGCACAUAAUGAUGGGAUAGGAUAGAUAUACAAGUAAAACUCCUCUUUACAAAGAUGAGUAACAAUAACUCCAGAGCAGACCUGAGGAAAGCUUAGCUUUGAAACACCUUAUCAGGAGAACACUGUGGGAAAGAAUUUAGCAAUUUGGAAAGAUGGAUUAGAUAUCCGCUGAUUAUGCCAAACUGCUUUCAUCUCACACUAUUUUGGAACUGGCUGUUCCCUUGUACCACUUGUUGGUCUUGGUGUUUUUCAGCUCUCUUAAGUAGACAGAAAGGUUGAGAACCCCCAAGUUAAAGCAAUCUUGAAUAGUUUGUUAUACUUUCAGGAAUCUAUGUUAAGUGAUAGCACAAUUUUGUUUUUUGGCUAGGAAAAGAUGCCUGGAUUUAAAUAAGGCAAUAUGAUUUUAUAGUAAUACUCUUAUACAUUUCAAUGCUCUAAUAGGCUCUGAAAACAAUGACAAAAACUCUUUAUAAGGAAUGAAAAUUUGACUUUUGAAAAAUAAAUUUAUGUACAGCUGGUAAAUGAUAAAGCAGGGGUGGGGAAUCUUUGGCCCAGCAGAUGUUGUGGGGUGCCAACUGCCAUCAGCUUCAGAUAGCUCUGCCAAUUGUUAGGGAUGAUGGAGUCGGAAUCCAACAACAUCUGGAAGAUAAGUGUUCAAGGUAACCUCUUGUCUAUUUUUAAUUUUAACAAAAUAGUAAUAGAUAGGUAUGCUGGAAGCGUCUGUUUUAUUAAUUUAAAUUUGUGCCAUGAAACUUUAAAAUAUUAAAUCUUCACAUAACUGUAGUGCUUUUAGCUUUCAUACUUAGAAAAAUAAUAAUGUGUGCAUUAUAAAAUACUGCAUUAGAGUUCUCUUGUUGAGUUAUGGCUGGUAAGUAAGAAUGAAUGAAUGUAUGCAGAUAGUUAAAUUGCAUGGAGAGUGGCUGUGAAUUGGUUCCCCCACCCUCCAAAAUACAUUUUCUAAUACAAAUUGAGUAGAAGAGAAAAAAAUUUCAUAGGGCUUCUGUUAUUAACGGUCAUCUGAACUGAAAAUUAAUGAAUGUUUUGUCUGUGUUCUGAGGAUACAAAAGGUACAGAAAAUUAACUAAAGAAGCAUCUAUAUAGCAGAACAGCUCCUUGCUAUGGUCUUUUUACAGAUGUGCUGAGAAUACUUGCUUUAAUGCCUCAAGCCCAUAUUCUUGGUCACAGUUCCACAAUUUUCUUCCCCUUAAGAGCGAGGUGUUCUUCAAAAAUGGGGUAAAAAGGCAGAAAAGGGCAUGACAGGAGUGGAGAAUCAAUGGAUAUGAAGAAAGCAGCAAUAAAGAGGGGAAGGCACUCAGAACAAUAUUUGGUGUAACACCAUAACCACAUCCAUUACAUUAACAUAUGAUUUUUAAUUCUAUAUUUAUUGAUUCUCUUAUUUCUUAGUGUGGUAAAAUUUGAACUCUAUAUAAUAAUAAAAAAAAUACUUUAGGAUCUAGUACACCGAAUUACAAUUGCUAAGCAGGCAGAAAAAUCCAUUAAGUGGUCUACCAAGACCCUUGGCUAUUUUUCAAGUGGGCCAGGAGAAAAAGUUUGGGAAUCACAGUUCUGCAGUAUUCCACAGUGUGUGAAAAUUAAGCUCUGUCUGAUACGUGACAAUGUUAUAGAUUUCUAAAAGAAAUGUGUUUAAACUAACUUGUUUUCAUGAUGCUGUUUGUUGCUGUUCCAGAAUUUAGCCUAUGAAAUAAUUCUCACAUUGGGACAGGCAUUUGAAGUAGCCUACCAACUAGCACUUCAGGCUCGAAAAGGAGGUCAUUCUUCAACCCUUCCUGAAAGCUUCGAUAAUAAACCUACAAAACCAAUUCCAAAACCUCGUGUUAGCAUUCGAAAAUCUGUGGUGAGUAAAAUAUGUACAACACAUGAAAGAAGCCUGCUAGUGCUGGUGCUUGGGCUGAACUCAUUUCCCCAUUUCUGCAAUGAAAGGUUCAGCAGAUUGGGUCUUGGCUCUCUGCCCACAGGGGAAAGGCAGGCAGCAAUGUUGGGCUCCCAGGAUUCUCCACUAACACUCCUUUACUAGAAAUAUGCAGGGCUGCUGCCGGGGCCUCCCCCAGCACCUUUACAGGACACUAUUGCAUAGAUGCCUUCACUUCAAUGGAAGCCACCCUCAGUUGGAAGGUCCCAAACUACUGACCUUUCAUUGCAGAAAUUGGAAAAAGUACUUGAAUCAUACUUUUCCAUUGCCAAUGAAAGGGCAGCUGGGCCCACCCUUAAGACCGGCUGCAGUACAUCUGCUCUUCACUUCACUUUUUCCUUAUUCUGUAUAUGUCUGGAGUGUAGGAUUGGGUUUUUCUUUCUAUAAGUCCUGAUCUUUCUUGAGCUUGGUGAGUUCACAAACUGAAUCCUGGGAGCCCUACGCCCCAAAUGUUGCUGCCUGCCUCCGACCUGUGGGCAGAGAGCCAAGACCCAAUCUGCUGACCUUUCAUUGGGAAUGGAAAACUACAAUUCAGGUAGGUACAAUCAUACUUUCUCUUUAUAAUCAGCAUGCUAGUGGCAUGAGCAGUAUUCCAUUCACUCAUCUUUCUAAAGGCAGCUGUAGAAAUUCAGUAUAGUUACUAGCUCUUGGGCACACAAAAUUCAUUAUGUAAAACAGUACUGGAGGGAUUCCUAGGCAUGCUAAGGAAGCCACCUGUAAUUAAACAUCAAUUUCACCUUAUGUAUCUGUAGUUCAGUUUUUCCUCUGUGGCCCAUUCUCUGCUUAAUAGCAACACUAAUACUGUAGAUCAAACAUAGCUUCUUGUGAUCUUCUUUAGUAUAUAUUUACCGUAUUUUUCGUCCCAUAGGACGCACCUAAUUUUUUGGGGGGGAAAUAGAGGAAUUUCCCCCCCCCUUUAUUUCCCCCCCAAAACCAGGUCGGGGAACAGCGGGAUGGCGGCGCUGCACCUCCCCGCUGUCCCCCGAGCUUGUGGGGCUGGCCGAUAUCUGCCCGAAGCGUGGGGCGCUCUGCUUCAGCGCGCCCGCGCUCCGUGUAGCAGGCUGCUAUCCACAGCCUAGGGAUAGCUUCCUGAAGCCUGGAGAAUGAGAGGGGUCAGUGCGCACCGACCCCUCUCGCUCUCCAAGCUUCAGCGAAAGCCUGUAUUCGCCCCAUAGGACGCACACAGAUUUCCCCUUCAUUUUUGGAGGGGAAAAAGUGCGUCCUAUAGGGCGAAAAACACGGUACAUUAUAAUGGCAAUACUUUUCUAGAAGCUCUUACCAGCAAUUCUCACCUUCAACUACCAGACCAGAAUAUAGUCAGGGAGGUGUCCAGAGACAGACAGCUUUUUAAAGAAAAUGUAAAUAUGUAUUGGACAGAAAAGGCAGAAACUAAUUGGCAUUAUCAUAAGAAUUGAUGGAUUUAUUAGCAUAACACUGUUAAACGACGUAGGUAGGGUAUACAAUUUCUAUGUGCACCUCUAGCCAAAUGAGUGCUGUGUACUCAGUUUCUCCUCCAAGUUGUCCAGGAUGUGCAUGGUUAGCGGUUAGGAAAAUCAGUGACAAUGUAGAUUAGCUGGGUAGGACUAAACCCAGCCAAACAGCCAAUUGGUGUGUUUGCUGAUUGUUUUACAAGCUGCACACACACAUACUUGGAGCAGCGUUAUUAGCAAGAGAGAGAGAGCAAAGCAAUUUUGGCAACCUGAUCUUCAAGGCAAGUUGUUGAGCAUGAGUUCCUUGUGUUACUGAGAACAAAACAGCAUACAUAUAGUUGAUAAAGUUAUAGUUAUAUACCUAUAACUUCAGAUUUUAUGUAGAUACAUCUCUUGUUGCACUGGACUCGUUCUGUGAGAGCAGUGAGAGUAGUGAAACUAAUGAAUCAAUAUCCUCUUGGAUUAUCAUGAUAAAAUAGAAUAUAGACUGUAGCCUCAGGAAAGCAAUCCAUGGUGCAUGCCGUGUGGAUAAUGAUGUGCUACUGUGUGACCCAGUUUGAGCACUGUUUUAAUGCUCAGCAAUUAGAGUGGAUAAAGCAUCAUUGUGUUUCUUUUGUAUUUGUUUCAAAGCAGAUAGAUCCCACUGAACAAAAGACUCUUGCCAACCUACCAUGGAUUGUAGAACCAGGACAAGAAGCUAAAAGAGGAAUUAAUACCAAGUAUGAAACCACAAUUUUCUGA